AUGGCGGACCAAAAUAUCUCCCAGUAUAAGUACUCGGCGAUGUCCAACCUGGUUCUCCAGGCGGACCGUCGUUUUAUCAGUCGCACCCAUGACGAACCGACUGGAGACCCGGAGUCUCUCGCGGGUCGCAUUGGGAUCCGAGAGAUGGGUGGACGAGUCGCGCGUGACAAUGCACCCAAAUCAAAGAAGACAGGCCCCACAGACCUCGAGCGAGGUGCCAUCGGUGAGGGUGAAGAUGUGCUUUUACGUGAACAGAAAAAACGCCAACGCGGCCAACCGUCACAAUUACGGGGCCAAGGAAUCCUUUCAGCGGCCGAUGCCUUCGUCGAAGGCCUGAAAUACCGACCUAGGACACCCGCUACACGAGCCACCUACGACCUUAUUCUCACAAUCACCGGAAGCCACCUUGGCGAUGUCCCUCACGAAGUCGUCCGAAGUGCCGCCGAUGCUGUCUUGGAGCUUCUCAAGGAUGAAGAGAUGAAGGAUUUCGAUAAAAAGAAGGAGAUCGACGAUCUUUUGGGAACCUCCAUGAACCCGAAGGAGUUCAACGAGCUUGUGAACGUGGGCAAAAAAAUUACAGACUACGAUGCCCAGGAUGAAGAUGAAGAAAUGGACGGUGGCCUAGACGAAGCGGGUGGCGAACUCGAUGAACGCCAAGGUGUUGCCGUAGUCUUCGACGAAGAAGACGAGGAUGAUGAGCGCACAGGAACUGUGGACGAAAUCCGGGACGAAGACAGUGACGAAGACGAAGCGGAUGAACAAGAUCAGCCAGAAGCCGACGUUUCAGCUGCUCAGGAUGUCGAAGAGGGCGAUGAAAUGGUCAUUGAUGGAGGUCUGGGUAAAACGGAUAAGGAUGGCGACAAGACCGGAUUAAACGUUUCAGCCCGCGAAAUUGACGCCUACUGGUUGCAGCGCCAGAUCGGUGCCCUCUACACAGAUGCGCACAUCCAACACGAGAAGGCCGGCGAGGCCCUCGAAAUUCUCGGUGCCAAGGACGAAGAUGGAACACCUAGAUCCUUGCGCGACGUUGAAAACGACCUGAUGGAGCUUUUCGACUAUGACCACCCCGACCUGGUUGCGAAGCUGGUCACCAACCGCGACAAAGCCGUUUGGGUUACGCGCUGGAGACGAGUCGCUGAGGACGCCGAUGCUCGCAAUCUCGUGGAAAUUGAGAUGGUUGAAGCCGGACAGCGCGCCAUCCUUGACGAAAUUCGCGGCAAAGAAGCUCGCGAUGACCUCGCUGAACGUCCCGAUAAGAAAAUGAAGCUCGACUUGAUGGAUGUUGAUGUUCCUUCAGGCCCCACACCAGACCAAAAGACCACCGAGGGUGGACAAACUGGCCCUCUUCAGCCCAAGAGAACCAUCAACUUGGAGAAUCUCGUCUUCCAUCAAGGCAACCACCUUAUGACCAACCCUAAUGUCAAGCUUCCCCAAGGCUCAACUAAGCGUACCUUCAAGGGUUAUGAAGAAAUUCAUGUGCCACCCCCCAAGGCCAAGAAGGAAGCUGGAGAGAAGAAUAUUCCUACCACAGAGUUGCCUGAAUGGGCUCGUGUUGGGUUUGGAACUUCCAAGGAACUCAACCGGGUGCAGACAAAGUGCUACCCUUCAGCGUUCCACGAUGAUGGCAACAUGCUUGUCUGUGCUCCUACAGGUUCCGGAAAGACCAACGUCGCCAUGCUUACAAUUCUUCGAGAGAUCGGGAAAAACCGCAAUCCCGAAACCGGAGAGAUCAUGCUCGAUGACUUCAAGAUUGUGUACAUCUCUCCGUUGAAGGCUUUGGUACAAGAACAGGUUGGAAACCUCGGCAAGCGUCUUGAGCCUUAUGGUAUCCGUGUGUCCGAGCUUACAGGUGACCGUCAACUCACCAAGCAACAAAUUGCCGACACCCAGAUCAUUGUCACCACCCCAGAGAAGUUCGACGUUAUCACCAGAAAGGCAUCUGAGACCAGCUACACCAAGCUUGUUCGCCUGGUAAUCAUUGAUGAGAUUCAUCUUCUCCACGAUGAUCGUGGUCCCGUCAUUGAGAGCAUCGUCAGCCGAACCAUUCGCAAAGUCGAGCAGACUGGAGACCCAGUGCGUAUUGUCGGUCUCAGUGCUACUCUCCCCAACUAUCGCGAUGUGGGAAGCUUCCUGCGAGCCGAUCCUAUCAAGGGCAUAUUCCACUUCGAUGGCACAUAUCGUCCUUGCCCUCUUAAGCAGGAGUUCAUUGGUGUCACUGAAAAGAAGGCUAUUAAGCAGUUGAAGACGAUGAACGACAUUUGCUACACCAAGGUUAUGGAGCAGGUCGGACAACGUCGCAACCAAAUGCUGAUCUUCGUGCACUCCCGAAAGGAAACAGCCAAAACAGCCAAGUACAUCAGGGAUAAGGCCCUUGAGAAUGAAACCAUUGGACAGAUCCUGCGCAGUGACGCUGCCAGUCGUGCCAUUCUCUCCGAGGAAGCUGAUUCAGUUGAUGAUGCUGGCCUCAAGGACCUCAUGCCGUACGGCUUCGGUAUUCACCACGCCGGUUUGAGUCUUGCGGAUCGUGAUUCCGUUCAGGCCCUCUUCGCCGAUGGAAGUAUCCAGGUCCUCGUCUGUACCGCGACACUCGCUUGGGGUGUCAACCUUCCCGCUCACACCGUUAUCAUCAAGGGAACUCAGGUCUACUCUCCCGAGAAGGGUAGUUGGGUUGAGUUGAGUCCGCAGGACGUUCUCCAGAUGCUUGGACGUGCUGGUAGACCCCAGUACGAUACAUUCGGUGAGGGUAUCAUUAUCACAUCGCAAUCCGAGAUUCAAUACUAUCUCUCGCUCAUGAACCAGCAACUACCAAUCGAGUCACAGCUGAUGAGCAAGCUGGCGGAUAAUUUGAAUGCCGAGAUUGUGCUUGGUAAUGUUCGUACUCGUGAUGAAGGUGUGGAAUGGCUAGGAUACACCUACCUUUAUGUCCGAAUGCUUCGUUCGCCUGGUCUAUACAGUGUUGGCGCCGACUACCAGAAUGAUGACGCACUGGAACAAAAGCGAGUGGAUCUCAUCCACUCCGCUGCUGCUGUUCUUGAGAAAGCCGGUCUCGUCAAGUAUGAGAAGAAGACCGGACGUCUCCAGUCGACUGAGCUUGGACGUAUCUCCUCUCACUACUACAUUGGUCACAACUCGAUGUUGACCUACGCUCAACACCUUCAACCCUCUAUCACGACCAUUGAGCUGUUCCGCAUCUUCGCUCUGAGUGACGAAUUCAAGUACAUCCCCGUUCGCCAGGAUGAGAAGCUUGAGCUUGGAAAGCUCCUGGGCCGUGUACCCGUCCCCGUCAAGGAAACCAUUGACGAGCCCCAUGCAAAGAUCAAUGUCCUCCUGCAGGCUUACAUCUCCCGACUCAAGCUCGAUGGGCUUGCGCUGAUGGCUGACAUGGUUUACGUGACACAGUCGGCCGGACGUAUCAUUCGGGCCCUCUUCGAGAUAUGCUUGAAGAAGGGCUGGUCAUCUGUUGCUAAGACUGCACUCGAUCUUUGCAAGAUGGCCGAGAAGCGCAUGUGGCCGACUAUGUCCCCCCUUCGUCAAUUCCCGCACUGCCCAAGAGACGUUCUGCAGAAGGCUGAACGGAUUGAUGUGCCUUGGGGCAGCUAUUUCGACCUGGACCCUCCCCGCAUGGGUGAGCUCCUUGGUAUGCCCAAGGCCGGACGUGUUGUGUGUGACUUGGUUUCCAAGUUCCCCCGACUCGAGGUUCAGGCUCAAGUGCAGCCCAUCACCCGGUCUAUGCUGCGCGUUGAGUUGACCAUUUCGCCCAACUUCGUUUGGGAUGAUGAUAUACACGGCAAUGCGCAAGACUUUUGGAUCAUCGUUGAAGACUGUGACGGAGAAGAGAUCUUGUUCCACGAUCGCUUCUUGCUUCGGGGUGAAUUCGCCAAAUCUGAAAUGAAUGAACAUCUUGUCGAAUUCACUGUCCCAGUCACCGAGCCCAUGCCACCCAACUACUUCAUCUCUCUGGUGUCCGACCGAUGGAUGCAUUCUGAGACCAAGAUUGCCGUGUCCUUCCAGAAGCUUGUUCUCCCUGAGCGCUUCCCUCCCCACACACCUUUGCUGGAUAUGCAGCGUGCACCAGUCAAAGCACUGAAGCGCGACGACUAUCAAGCUCUGUAUCCCAACUGGCAGCAUUUCAACAAGAUCCAAUCUCAGGUCUUCAAGUCAGUCUUCGACACUGAUGAUAAUGUCUUCAUCGGUGCUCCUGUAGGAAGUGGCAAGACCGUUUGCGCCGAGUUGGCCCUGCUCCGGCACUGGUCCACCAGGGAGGGCGGUCGUGCAGUCUACCUCGCUCCCUUCCAAGAGCUGGUCGACCUCCGACUUGCUGAUUGGCAGAAGCGCUUUAGUGCUCUGGACGGAGGCAAGACGAUUGUCAAGCUGACAGGCGAAACCACAGCCGACCUGAAACUCCUCGAGCAGGCUGAUCUUGUCCUUGCAACUCCUCCUCAAUGGGAUGUGUUGUCCCGCCAGUGGCAGCGCCGCAAGAACAUCCAGACAGUGCAAUUGUUCAUCCCCGACGAGCUCCACAUGCUCGGCGGCUACGGUGGAUAUGUGUACGAAGUGGUUGUUUCUCGCAUGCACUACAUUGCUCUUCAGACCGAAAACGAGAUGCGCAUUGUUGGUCUAAGUGUGCCUCUCUCUAACGCUCGGGAUAUUGGAGAGUGGAUUGGUGCCAACAAGCACACCAUCUACAACUUCAGCCCGCAUGCCCGUCCUGUGCCUCUCGAGCUUCAUCUCCAGUCCUUCACCAUUCCUCACUUCCCCUCACUUAUGCUCGCCAUGGCUCGUCCGGCCUAUCAAUCGAUACUGCAGCUUUCGCCCGAUAAGCCUGCUCUGGUUUUCGUCCCUAGCCGUAAGCAGGUUCGUGCGACCGCCAUGGAUCUUCUUUCAGCGUGUGCUAUCGACGACGACGAGGAUCGCUUCCUGAACGCCGAUGUUGAAGAGCUCGCCCCCCUUCUUAGCCGUGUCCAUGAGCAGACCCUUGCCACGUCGCUUUCUCACGGUAUUGGCUACUACCAUGAGGCCCUUACUGCCACUGACAAGCGCAUUGUCUCGCACCUGUUCAGCAUCGGUGCGAUUCAAGUGAUGUUGGCCUCUAGGGACGUGUGCUGGGAAUUAGACAUCACAGCUCAUCUGGUCAUCGUUAUGAACACUCAAUUCUUUGAUGGCCGUGAGCAUCGCUACAUCGACUACCCCAUCAGCGAAAUUUUGCAGAUGUUUGGCAAAGCCUCUCGUCCAGGCCAGGACAAGCUUGGUCGAGGUGUUCUUAUGGUGCCCGCUGUCAAGCGUGACUACUACAAGAAGUUCCUCAACGAGGCCUUGCCGGUCGAGAGUCAUUUGCAGGUUUACCUGCACGAUGCCUUUGUGACCGAAGCAAGCACAAGGACCAUCUCCUCCACACAAGACGCGGUUGAUUGGAUGACAUAUACCUAUUUCUAUCGCCGUCUUCUUGCGAAUCCCAGCUUCUACGGUCUCAGUGACGUCAGCCACGAGGGUCUCAGCACCUUCCUGUCAGAGCUGGUGGAGAACACAUUAAAGGAGUUGUCUGAAGCCAAGAUUAUCGACCUGGAUGAGGAAGAUGACAGCGUUUCGCCUCUGAAUGCCGCUAUGAUUGGAGCUUACUACAACAUCUCCUUCAUUACGAUGCAGACCUUCCUGUUGUCUCUUUCAGCCCGCACCAAGCUCAAGGGUAUCUUGGAGAUUGUCACUUCGGCGACCGAGUUCGAAUCCAUUCAGAUGCGGCGUCAUGAGGCUCACAUUCUCCGCCGCGUAUAUGACCGUUGUCCCGUCAAGAUGGCCGAGGUCUCCUUUGACUCACCGCACUUUAAGGCAUUUGUUCUCCUUCAGGCCCACUUCUCGCGCAUGCAGCUUCCUCUUGAUCUGGCCAAGGAUCAGGAAGACAUUAUCCGCAAGGUUCUCAACCUGCUCAGUGCAUGUGUGGAUGUCCUCUCAUCCGAGGGCCAUCUUAACGCCAUGAACGCCAUGGAGUUGUCACAGAUGGUGGUCCAGGCCAUGUGGGACCGGGACAGCCCUCUGAAGCAGAUCCCUCACUUCACACCGGAGGUCAUCAAGGUGGCCAAUGAAUACAAGAUCAAUGAUAUCUUUGAAUUCAUGGAGGCCAUGGACCCAUCUGAGAACAAGGACUACGCUACACUGGUUAAGCGCCUCGGUCUCGACAACAAGCAAUUGGCGCAAGCUGCAGCUUUCACCAACGAGAAGUACCCCAACAUUGAGCUUGACUUCCAAGUCGAAGAUCCUGACAGCAUCACUUCGGGCGAGCCCUCGUACCUCAAAGUCAAGAUCGAGCGCGACCUCGAAGAGGAUGAAGAACCCGAUACCACUGUCCACGCACCCUUCUAUCCAAGCCAGAAGAUGGAGAACUGGUGGCUGGUCGUUGGUGACGAGAAGACGAAGAGCCUGCUCGCCAUCAAGCGUGUUACGAUCGGUCGAAAGCUGGAGCUGCGUCUGGAGUAUGUGGUUCCCACACCUGGAGACCAUGAGUUGACCCUCUACCUCAUGAGUGACAGCUACGUCGGCGUGGAUCAGGCACCCACGUUCAAUGUGACUGCGGCGGAGGGUAUGGAUGAGGAUGAAAGCGAGGAGGAAGAAGAAGAGUAA